UAAAGUACAUUGAAUAUUUCGAUGCUGCCGAUUUGAAGGAAAAUUGUGACCUUCGAACAAGACGAGUUUCAAGGCGAUCAAAGCGAUCGUGAUUGUUGGAGUUUCGAGUGCGAUGAGUAAUCAACGAUGAAACUUCAACGGAUCUUCGGCUUCAUUUGGCUGGUUGCGAUCGUUGGUGAAUUCGUUGAAACUCGUGACCUUUUCAAGUUCGAGAGACCCUACAAGUAUUACCGUCCGCGGUUUCGUGACCACCGGCAAACAUCUGCGGCUCUUCGGAGACCAUCGGUUCACGGACAUCCGAAGAGAACUCUGUUCAAAAGUCCGCAUUACUAUCGACGCCAGCCACCGAGCAGUACUUGGAACGACGAGCAACGUUACCUCAAUCCACCUGCUGAGAAGGAUCCUUACACGAUAGAAAUUGAAUUUCCAAAGCGUUACAAAAGCGGCCAGAGAAUAAAAGAGCAUCGCAAUCGCAAUUACAGGCUGAGACCGGAACCGGAUUAUCAUAGCGAGGAGGAAGAUUAUCUCGAGGAUUUUGAGGACGAAGCGAUGCACCUGGUGAGGAUGGGAUUACGAAUAAAGGCCAUCAAAGGCACCAAUCCCAAUUUAAGGAUCAAAGUUUCGAGGGACGAUCGUAUCGAAAACGACGUUAAGCCUGUAAAAUUCGUUGCUGCAGUACCACACUUACAAUAUAAUGAUCCACCAGGAUUUUUCCACAAUUUCAAUCGCGAAAACUCACACAAUCGAAUGCCUGUGUAUUUCGUUACGGAAUUUCCUGAAUACUUUCCUGGAGCGUAAUAAUAAUUCAUGAAUUCGAGAGAAUUUUUCAUACCAUCCAAUCUGUGAAUUAUUGAUAAGGAGUAUCCGUGGGCAGCAAAAAGUCGUUAUAAACCAAUGAGAAUGUUCUCGAAGCAUGUAAAUUUUUUCAAGCAGUCGUGAAUGAUAAUUUAUUUGGUAAUCCUUUUCCGAGGAUCGUUUCCAGUCGUGGAAGAUCGAAGAAGUGCAUGAUUUGUGACAAACUUUUGAUCCGAAUGCAGAAUAAACGAAUUUCUGACGUUUCAGAGUAUUCACACGAGUAUUAACUAUUCAUUCUGCGUACUCGAUGCCAAGAAAGUCAAUUGGUCGCCGAAGAAGUGUACGAGAGUCCAUAGAGAUCGAACUUACCAAAAAGCUCGUUUAAUCCGGCCCCGUUGAGUUGCCGAUUUAAUUCUGAAAAUCGACGUUCUGCAUCCGGUGCGACGAAUUUCUUCGCAAAGUCUGAAAACUUUUGGUAAACUGUCUGCGCGUACGUAAAUUAUGGGAAAAUCCCCGGUGCAUAAAACACGCGGGACAAGUUCUUCGAAACUUUGGCUCCGCGUGCGGUGGCAUUUCACCAGAAGCUUCGAAACUGAUUUGUCCGCGUAUUUACAGACGAGAAUCGCAGACCUAAUCAUUCACUCCGGUGUGACUGCAUUUUCACGAAGCACCAAAACAUCGAUACUCCAGUCCUUCUGUUCUUUUUGUUUUAUUUCUAACAUAAUAGUCAACGAACAUAUAAUAAUAGUAAUAAAUACUUAUUCGCAAUAAUAAUAAUAAUAAUCGUAAUAAUAAAUAAAGUGUAAUAUACAAGU